AUGAUCUCCCGGUCGGCGAUUGGUGGCAACGCGCAGCUUGCCCUUCGCAGGCAAUGCUGCGUCAAGCCAGCUAACCGUCGUAGCCUUGCCGCUGCUGUCUCUGGCUCAACCAGCUUCUCGUACGACACCGCGGAUGUCGGCGGCGUCAAGGUAGCCAGCAGAGAUGUUGCAGGACCAACUACGAAGCUUGCAGUCGUUGCAAAAGCCGGAACGCGAUAUCAAUCGGCGCCAGGAUUGAUCUCGGGUCUCGAGCAAUUCGCGUUCAAGAACACCAACAAACGAUCAGCCCUUCGGAUCACGAGAGAAUCUGAACUCCUUGGAGGUCAAUUGACUUCAUAUCACACCCGAGAAGCGCUUGUCAUCGAGGCCAAAUUCCUGAGAGAAGACCUGCCAUACUUCACGGAACUUUUAGGCGAAGUCAUCACUCAAACGAAGUAUACCGCUCACGAGUACCAUGAGGAGGUUGAACCUAUCAUCAAGAUCGGCCAAAAGAAGCUGCUUGGGAACGUAUCUGAGCUUGCUAUCAACUCAGCUCAUGGAGUUGCAUUCCACAGAGGUCUCGGAACGUCUCUUUAUCCAUCCUCAUCGACCCCCCUGACGAGGUAUCUCAAUGAAUCGUCAAUCGCUCAAUUCGCCAGUAGCGCUUAUGCCAAGCCAAACAUUGCCGUCGUUGCCAACGGUGCUAGUCAAGCCGAGCUGGCCAAAUGGGUCGGCGAAUUCUUUACUGAAGUCCCAAGCUCGUCCGCCAGCACUUUGUCAAGUGAAGCAACAAAAUACCACGGAGGAGAGGAACGUAUUGCUCACGAUGGUGGUAACUCUUUGGUCAUUGCUUUCCCAGGUUCAAGCUCUUUCACCGCAGGAGGCUCAUACAAGCCCGAAAUUGCCGUUCUCGCAGCUCUACUCGGCGGUAAAUCUAGCAUUAAAUGGUCACCUGGCUUCUCACUUCUCUCCAAGGCCGCUUCAUCUUUCCCCGGAGCCAGCGCUGCCACAACUCAAUUUACUUACUCUGACGCCGGUCUUUUGAGCAUUCAAUUCAGCGGUUCUGCUUCCGCCAUCCGGAAUGCCUCUGCUGAAGCCGUUAAGGCUCUCCGGAGUAUCUCGGACGGUUCGAUCAGUAAGGAGGAUUUCAUAAAGGCUGUCGCUUCUGCGAAGUACAAUGCACUAGAGGAGGGUCAGAAUAUCGAGGCAGGUCUUGUUGCGACUGGAACUGGUCUUGUCCACGGUGGCAAGGCUUUCCAAAUUGAUCAGAUUGGCAAGAGUAUCGAGGGUGUGAGUGCUGACAAGUUGAAAUCGGUAGCAAAGGCUUUGUUAGAAGGCAAGGCGACUGUUUCGGCUGUUGGAGAUCUGUAUGUGCUUCCAUAUGCGGAAGAAUUGGGUCUCAAGAUAUAG